AUGGGAAAGUUGAUCAUUCUUCUUGGAGACCUAAACUGCGAUAUGCUUAAGCCCACACCUGGAUUAGCGUCUUUGAUCAAGACGACAAAAGAACUCAACCUUAACCAGUUAAUAAAAUCACCAACAAGAAUUACUGAAUCCAGUCAGACCCUCGUCGACGUUAUUUUCGUAUCCUCGCCAAGACUAGUAGUCAACAGCGGCGUCAUAGAAACCUGUAUCAGCGAUCAUUUCCCUGUGUAUGUAUCACUAAAACUUAAAACCGACAAAUCUCCACCAAACUAUAUCACUACCCGCAGCUACAAUAAAUACGACCCUGAUUUGUUCGCGAUCGAUCUGGCAUCCAACCGUGAUUGACUUGUUUCCAUUUUCAGAAUGGACAAUGUUGAUGAAAAACUAACCAUUUUUAAUGAAAUAUUUUUAAAUACAUUGGAUAAACACGCCCCAGUAAAGACCAUAAAAGUACGCGGAAAAUCUUGCCCAUUUAUCACCCCGGAAAUAAAAGCAUCCAUGAUCAAAAGAGACCAGCUCCAUAGUCUUUUCAGGAAAACACGCGAUCAUUAUGAUUGGCUUAAUUUCAGAGAGGCCCGCAAUUUUACAAAAACCGCACUUGUUAAUGCACAGAAAGAAUAUGUACUGAAGGAAGUUCAGCAACACAGAAACAAUACUGGGUCACUUUGGAAGGUAAUUAAAGAAAAUAUAGCGUAUAGGGAAAGAGAGUCAGUGGCCUACAGUAAGGAACCGAAAUUAGUGGCCGAAGAGUUUAAUCAUUUCUUUUCCACCAUCGGUGUGAAUGCAGCAAAGAAAGCCUCAACACUAAUACAAGAUCCUAGUGUUUAUCCAGCUCGGAAUCUUUCUGACGUAAAUCGCACAGAUAACAGCUACCCUGAAGAAAAUGAUAGAUUUAGUUUCCCCCCAGUCUCUUGUUCAGAAAUAAGGAACAUCAUAUUAGCUAUGCCGUCAAACAAAUCACCCGGCAAAGACAAAGUGAGUAUGCGUGUCAUCAAACACAGCCUACCGGUAAUUCUUGGGCCCCUCACCGAUAUCAUUAACUGUUCACUGUCGUCACCUUCGUUCCCUAUAGCAUGGAAAGAGGCAGAAGUUAUCCCUUUGUUAAAGGAUGGAAACCACGAGGAAGCAUCAAAUAACCGCCCACUUUCUCUCCUUACCUUUCUUUCGAAAAUUUGUGAAAAAGUCGCCUUGAAUCAAUUUGGUUCGUAUCUAAUGAAGAACAAAAAAAUUGUCAACCCACCAGAGCGGGAACAAGAAACAUCACUCAUGCGAAACAUUGAAUCUUUUGACCGGAGAUACUAUCCUAAAGGCCAUGGAUGGGAAAUUGGUUACUGCACUGAUUCUAAUAGAUCUAUCUAA